UUACCUUUGACCUCCGGCAUCAUUCAUUUUAAAUCCCUAGCUAAUCCAUCGCAGGGGGUCGGAGCCAUGUUGGCCGGAUAUCCAUUCGGGGGUUGAAGACAACAGUUUUCCUGGGACGAGGUUACCAUGGCGUCCACAUCAGGGUUGUACAGACAUGAAUCCAAGGGUCACAGCAAGUCCAUCCUAGACAACCUGAACCAACAGCGCAUCGACGACUCCCUCUGCGAUGUCACCAUCCUGGUUAACGGGCAGCGUUUCCGUGCACACCGGGCAGUCCUCGCUGCCUGUAGCAGCUACUUCAACUCAGUCUUCACCAGGAAGGAGGUCAUCAGCAUGCAGUAUGUUGAAAUCACGGACAUCACAGCAGAGGGUUUUAGUCAGAUCCUGGAGCACACGUACACCUCCAGUCUGGACCUGAACCCUGACAACGUUGGAUCAGUGUUGGAGGCUGCACAGCUUCUUAAGGUCACGGCCGUUUCUGAGGUCUGUUACAAGUUUCUCCUCAAGUUGAACAAGCAGGAAAGGCCGGCGGGGGAGGUCAAGAGUGAACAUCUGUAUAGUAAGAGUUUCAGCGACUGUGACGAGGAAAAGUGGGACGUGUCUGGAAACGAGGGACAGUUGGACGACGGUAUGUCGACAGAUGGCCAACAGGAUAACGAUGAUGAUGAUGAUGAUGAAGAUUAUGAACUACCUGGCUCUCAAUCACUGGAAGAAGGAGGCUCAAAGCUGAGAAAGCUGCUCACUGGGGGAGAUGGUGGAGAGGAACGUAAAGUUGCCCCAUUGAAGAUCAAAAUGCCUUCCUUGAAAAGGCAGAAGACAGAUGAAAGUGGGGAAGAAAGUGCGUCUGAUGCCAGCUUUUCGAACGCGACUGUCCUGGAGGAAGGAUCAUUGGCGUGCGAAGUCUGCGGCAAGAUCUGUUCCAACCUUCACAACCUGAAGCAGCACGUCAGAUCACACAGCAAGGUGAAGCCGUUCGGCUGCAAGAUCUGUGGGACAAAGUUUGUACAGUUUGGACACAUGCAGCGACAUGAGAAACAGCACGAGAUUGAGUCCACUCUUCCAUUUGAGUGUAGUAAGUGCGACACUGGCUUUGCUGUGCAUACCCUGUUAGCCCACCACAUGAAGGAACAGCACGAGGAAGAAACAGAGGCGCUCUGUCGUUGCAAAGUGUGCGGACAGUGUUUCAACGAGUCGGUCGCCCUACACACCCACCUCAAGAAACACUUGGGCGGACCUCCGUAUGAGUGCGAACAUUGCAGAAAGCAGUACUCCGACCAGUGGAAGUUGAGUAAACACAAAGUCACCCACACGCGGGUUCCCACUCCGAAAAAGUCCAACCCUGCCGUGAAUCGCCAGAUGGAAAAGAUCUCAACCUUACAGAUGAAAAAGAUCCAGUUGGACGGGAAUCCUUACGAGUGUGGCAUUUGCAGCACGGAUUUCCAAGAACUGACAGACUUGAUGCAGCACGUGCAUAACACCCACACCAAUCCCUAUUAUGCCUACCGCUGCAAUCUUUGCAAGAAGUCCUUCCAGAUGCACUUUGCCUUGUAUGGCCACAUGUCCAGCCACCUCAAGAAGGACGAGAAGAAGUGCGAGGUUUGCAACAAAGUCUUUAAGGACAAGUGGAAGUUGAGACGCCACAUGGGCGUACACGAGAGGAACAUCAAGAUGAAUACGCUCACUGGAACGCCCAUUGCCGCAUCUCUCGCAGAGGAGGCUGCCAAGAAACAAGAGGGUUCAGAUGGCUAUGAUUGUGAGGUGUGUGGAGCAAAGCUCAAAUCAAAGAAAAUCCUGAAAUGCCACCUGCGCCUGCACACAGGGGAGCACCCGUACACGUGUGGCGAGUGUGGCGCCACCUUUGUGCACAGAAACCAGUUUGACAUGCACAUGAGUAAGAUGCACACGGGAGACAUGCCCCACAUGUGCGAGAUUUGUGGCAAGCAGUUCAGAAUCAGGUCCAUCCUACUGACUCAUGUCAAGAAACAUAACAUGGAACGGUCCUUCAAAUGUGACCGCUGCCCCCAGGCCUUCUUUGUGCGAGUGGAGCUCGAACGACAUAAAAGGAUUCAUACAGGUGAAAAACCGUACGUUUGUGACACGUGUGGUUCUCGUUUCUCCACCACGUCCGGCCUGUACGCUCACCAGCGUACACACUCAGCCUCACGGGAACACAAGUGCGACGUGUGCGGGAAGAUCUUCAGCCAGCUCCACACCCUGAAGCAGCACGGCAGCACCCACUCCCUCCCCUACCGCUGCCACGUCUGCGGGAAGGGACACGCCCGACUGGGGAAACUCCGCGAGCACGUUCUGAAGUCCCAUGGAGAGAACGAAGUCGCCCAGGUUCCCAAACCUCGCCGAAAGGGACCGAACUACAAAUACCCGACAAUGCCUGAGAUGGAGCCAGCGCAAACAGAACCUGCGCCGGCCGAGUUUACCAACCAAGGAGAGUCCGCCUCACUGGCUCACCAUGACCACGAUUAUGCCAGCGAUGCUAGUAACGAGUCAUCUAACGCCCCAGAAGAAGUGCCCAAUAGGCCGUACCCACAGACAUCCUCAAUUGAUGUGAACAUACAGGACUUGCAGGAGCAGCACGCCCGGGCCUUACAGAUGGUUGACCAGCUUCAGGUCCAACAGAACAGGGCACAGCCUCCACUCGGGAUGGCUGAACUACAGAACCAACCUGUCACAACACAACAACAACAACAACAACAACAACAAACAACCUUGUACCAUCAGCAGUCCAGAACCAUUAACAUAGGGGAGCUGAGGAACCUGGGGUUUGAUCCGAACACCCCUCACAGACCCCCCGCCCCGCCAGUGCAGCCCCCCGUCCCCCCACACACCAUGCCCCAGGGGUAUGGUUCUUAUAACCUCCCCCCCACCUUUCCACCGAUGAUGUCUCAGCUCAUGCUCAACCCUUCGACUGAGGAAAGUGGCCUCCCUUAUGGACACUAACAACGAAUGACUUCCUUCUAAAACUUCAACAUACUAUGUACGAACUAUGAACCCACUUUCUAUGUCAGUUGUUAAGACAACAUUUCACAUAUAAACUCUUGACUCUUGAUAUAGACAGAGACAAUUGUACAUAUUGUAUUUAGAUAAACCUUCUACUUCAAAACAGAAAUGUAUAGUAUUUCUUUGUAACAUUUUAUAGCUACUUGUAGAUAAAGCACAGCAAAUAUCAAGCAACGUUUAUAUAACAAAAUAUCAUUACCAUAGUUGUUUAAUCAGUGUCUCUCUCUUCCUUUUUGCUCUAAUAGCAGCCCCAAGACAUGAAACUGUUCGGCAAUGCUAUAAUGCAACAAAACUCAACAACAGUAGAUUGGGACCAGUCCAUUUUACAAAUGAUUUCUGUCUUUACCUAGAAAUGUUGAAAGUGCAAUUUUGUAGCAAAAGCCAUACAUGAAUGCUAGCAUGAAAAGUGGUAAUUUGUCAUAACAUAAUUACAACAAUAUUUCUGUUUCAUUAUAUUAACAUAGAUAAAAUUAUUAUCUUAUAGAUGUAAUGUAAGAAUGUGCAAGAGACUGAAUUUUUAGUUUUUGAUAUGGGAAGGAUUGAGUUAACUUGAAGGAUACUCCUGUAUAAUCAUGAUUUAUUAUAGAUUUGAUAAUGAUGUGUUAUCAACCUGGACACAGUAUAUAACGUUAGAUUCUUUCAUUAUAUUUGAAAUCAUGUUAAUUUAUCAAUCCAUUUAUAAAAACACAUGAUGUUACUACAUAACAUUACUCACUAAAAUGAUAGACUUAUUAUACCGUGUAGCUUAUGUAGCUGGAAAACUGUUUUCAGGUAGUUCACUUUAUAAUAAUACUAUAUAGUACUACAAUUUGAUCUGUAUUUGACAUACACACUACAGAGACAACUUUGAUAUGCACACCAACAAGUAGUCAACUUGAUAGUUUGUCUGGAUAUUGACUAUCCAACUAUUAUAGUAAUACUUUAAUCCUAUUAUUUUUCAAAUAAAAACAGGUAUAAC